AUGUCCUUCUGGAAAGCCGCUGGUCUGACCUACAACCGCUACAUGGCCGUCGCUGCCCGUACGGUCCGCCGCUCUCUCAAGGAGGAGCCCCGUGCCGCCGCUGAGCGUCGUGGUCAGAUGGACCUGAAGUUCGCCAAGUGGGAGAACGGCAAGCAGGGUGAGCCCAAAUCGCUCGCCCAGGAUAACGAGGCCGCCAUGGCUGCUCAGUCCGAGAAAUAA